AUGACCGUCACUACAUCGCACCCCACACCAUGCUUCUUCUUUUCCCAUGGCUCGACGAUGAUGCUAGGCGAGGAUUCGAAGCCAGGUCGCUUCUGGGAGAGCGUCGGUGUGGAGGCCAAACGACGCGGUGUCAAGGGCAUUGUCUUCAUGGGAGCUCACUGGGAGGUUACUGGUGAUGCUUUCGAAGUUGCUUCCAACCCCACUGAGCCCAUGAAGCAGCCCAUUGGUGCGGUGGAAGCGAAGAAAUACGUCAACCUCCCCUGUCCUAUUGAUCCCGACCUGGCUGCCAGGGUCCGCGACCUCAUGGUCGCCAAGGGCAUCAAGACCAAGCUGAACCCCAACAUUAUGCUCGUUCACGACAUCUACAUGGUUCUGCGUUGGAUGUUCGGCUCCAAUGGACCGACUCUCCCCUUCACUGUCAUUUCGUCAAACGCAUACUACGACCCUUGGACCGUUGUGGACAUUGGAUCUGCCGUCCUUACUCCCCUCCGGGACUUUCUGACCCGCAGCCACAACCUUUACUGGAACAAGUGGUCUAACAUUGUGUUCUACAAGGACAACUUUGCCCAGCAGGAACCAGCCGCAGAGUUUGCCGUCGACUUCCGCAAUGUCGCUCAUGACGCUCUCACUCAAAACACUGGUCCGGCCCUGCGUGCGGCUGCCAUGCGUCUCAUGAGGCACCCCCAGUACCGUGAUGCACACGCCACCGAUGACCACUUUGCUCCUGUACUGUUUGUAGCUGGUGCUGCGGGAGGCCAAGACGACAAGGGACCUAACACUGCUCCGGCUGAAUGCUGGGAGCUGAUCAACAUGGCAAACACUCAAUUCCAAUUCGGCGAGUGGGAGUAG